AUUACCAAACGUAAAACUCACCUGAAAGCAAAAAACAAAAAAGGGAAAAGGAUUAAAAAAAAAACGAUUUUUGAUGAAAUUUGGAACUGUAAAUACAGUUCAACGAAGACUCAUAAUUCGAUUGUGAAUGAGAGCUACCAAUUGCAAGAUUAAACGGCUGCUUCAGUUUCCAAGGUCUUUGAGUUUGCAUCUGCACCCUUAAGCAGUGAACCAGAUUAUUGAAGAUUACAAUCUUAAACUAUUAAGUCAUCUAUCCUGACAAAACUAGCCACUAUUAUCUGCCAUACUAUAUUGACCUGUUUAGGUUUAAAUGUAGAAUCAUGUGUGUAAAGGCCAUAACAAUGCCCUGCAUUUUAUCACUUGAAACCCUUCUUCUCCGAAUGCCGGCAACAGUUUUAAACUAGAAUUAUUUUUUCUCCUUUGGUAGGGGGAGGGGGAGAGUUUCUUGAGAUAAUGGUGUAACUGACUUUUAACGAACUUUUGGAAGGAAACAUCUACCAGGACUACUUGUUUAACAGCUGUGGAAGGUUAAGGACAAAUAUGCUCCAAAAGCAAGGAUUUUGCAGGUCUGGACUAGACAAAGAAUUUUACCGAGCUUUAACCAGGGAAUUCGAGGCUUGACCAUUUCUUCCUUUCUCCUCUUUUUGUAUCAUGGAGACAAGGGUUACUGCAAAGCUUGUGUGUGCCAUUACGUGCCAUAAGGUUCUGGUUUUGUGACAAUUGGUGACUCAGAUUAAAAUAUAGAAAUGAGUUCUGGUGAAGAAAAACCCCUCUGGAGUAUGUUUGAUGAUGUGAAGACCAUCUCAACAUCACCUGAAGUGCUUAUGGCUGAGAUUAAUUCUGCCAUUACGUCUCUUGAGUACACUCGUUCUACUGCUUUCUUACAAUCUCGAUCUGCCUCUGUCUCAAAGAACAUAAACUCUAAUGGAAAGCUGACUUCACAAUAUGAUGCUCGAUUGGCUGAUGAAGCUUACAAGGAAGGGUUAGCUUCCAUGGCUGCAGGGAAGCUAGACGAGGCUGUCAACUCAUUAAAUAUUGCUCUCUCCAAGUGCCCACCUGAUAAGACGUCUGCUGUUGCUAAGAUUCAGUCUCUUAUUUCUCUUACAUCCCAACAGCUUCACAAGUCAUCCAAUUGAUUCAAUUGGUACAUCCAGACUACUUUAUGUGGUGUACUGAUGGCUUUUUGUCAUACUUCCAUCAUUAUUCUUUUCCUCUCUUAUUCUGUGUUCAUCAGAAUAUGUCUGCAUCGAUAUUUUUGUGGCUGUGUUUUUUACGCGAAAGAGGAACUUUCUUUCGAUACAUUAGAAAAUUAUUUGUCAUUUCCAUGA